AUGUCUAAAUACGCAAAAAGAGUUCUAAAAACUAAAAAUACUUUUGCUAGUAUUAUCACUAGUACUGCUCUGCGUGUAAUAGCUGCUACUGCUAGCUAUGAAUCAAGAACUACAGAAAUUACUGAAGUUCCUGCAGCAAGAGAAAGUAUUAGACAGGAAGGCAAAA